AUGCUCCUCGGCACCCUCGCGCUCUUGGCGCUCGCCAGCACCAUCACAGCCACAAUCUACAACACCCGCUUCAACGGCACAACCUGGGACGACUCGAAAUGGAUCCUAAAGACUACCCACCUCGAUCAAGGUCACUACCAAUCCCGCAUGUCCCUCGCCAAUGGCUACCUGGGCAUCAAUCUCGCUGCAAUCGGUCCCUUCUUCGACUAUGAUGACCCCGUAGGCAGUGAUAAUAUCAAUGGCUGGCCGCUUUUCGAUAGAAGACAGAGUUUCGCGACGAUUGCGGGAUUUUGGGAUUCGCAGCCGACGACGAAUGGGACGAAUUUCGAGUGGUUGAAUCAGUAUGGGGGCGAGAGUGUUAUUUCUGGUGUUCCGCAUUGGGCGGGGUUGCAUGUGAAAGUUGGGGAUCAAUUGCUGGACGCGAAAGUGCCGGCUGAGCAGAUCGCAAAUUUCAGCUCGAGCCUGGAUAUGAGGAAUUCGGUGAUGAGAUGGGAGUAUAUUUGGACUCCGAAUGGUGGAGAGGCGAUUGAAGUGAAGUAUGAGAUGUUUGUGCAUAAGUUGUAUGUCAAUCAGGCUGUGGUGAGGGCGGAGUUGAAGGCGGAGAGAGAUGUGAAUGUUACCGUGAUUGAUCUGCUGGAUGGGGAUUGUGCGGUGAGGAGUACUUUCGUGGAGAAGGAUUACCUUGCGACUUGGCCGAUGAUUUAUUCAGCUGUCAGACCGGAUGGGAUCAGGCAUUCUACCGCGUAUAUCUACUCAUCGCUUGUGGGAGAUGACUCCUGCGACCUUGAGGCGAGGCAGAGGGUUGAUGAUCCGAGCCUGACUGGCAACAGCUCGAGCAUUGCUCAGUCCGUGACUGUGGCUUUGUCAGCUGGAAAGACUUCGACGGUCACGAAGUAUGUUGGUGGAGCAUCUGGAGAUGCGUUUGAGGAUCCACAGGAAGUGGCUUUGAAUGCUUCGUGGGCCGGAGUGAAUGUCGGCUUCGAAAAGUUGCUCAAGACCCAUGUCGAGGAGUGGAAGACGAUCAUGCCAGAAGACAGCGUUGAAAACUUUCGCGAUGAGGCUGGAGCUCUUCCGCACGACGAGAAUGUACAGGAGCUGGCCAUCACAGCUGUGACCAACCCAUUUCAGCUUCUACAAAACACCGUCGGCGACAAUGCUAGGUUAGCUGCUGCGAACAUCACCAAACUGCAAUCAAACAGUAUCAGCGUUUGCGGACUUGGCAGCUCAUGCUAUGCAGGUCUCGUGUUCUGGGACACAGAAGUCUGGAUGCAGCCGGGUCUCGUAGUCUCCUUCCCCCAGGCCUCUCGACAAAUUGCACAGUACCGGGUCGACAGAGAGCGCCAAGCGCAUGAGAACAUUCUAACAGCUUAUCAGUCCAGUCAAAAUGAGACUGGCAAGUUCUCACCCGAAGGUGCUGUCUACUCCUGGACUUCUGGGCGAUUUGGUAAUUGUACUGGCACGGGACCAUGCUUCGACUACCAGUAUCACCUUAAUGGUGACAUUGGCCUUGAGUUCUACAAUUACUGGUCAGUUACUGGAGACACUGACUACUUCCGCGAGGAGCUGUUCCCGAUUUACGAGUCCUUUGCGCAGCUGUAUGCUGACCUCGUCACAUAUAACGAUACAACAGGACUGUAUGAUCUUUACAACGCCACUGACCCGGACGAGUACGCCAACUUCCAGAACAACGUUGGCUAUACGAUGGCCCUGAUGGCUAGCCACAUCAACAACACGAACGAGAUUCGCGAACGCUUCGGGAUGGAAGCGAACGAGACUUGGGCGAAAAUUUCGUCCCUGAUCACGAUCCCAGUCGAUAACGAUGCGAAUCUGAUCCUCGAGUACGCUACACAGAAUGGUAGUAUCACUGUGAAGCAAGCCGAUAUCGUUCUCAUCGAUGACUUCCUCCAAUGGCCGAAUCCAUACACCCUCAGCAAUCUGGACUACUAUGCCGCUGCUCAGUCGCCUGAUGGACCGGCUAUGACGUAUGGUGUCUUUAGCAUUGUCGCCAAUCGUGAGAGUCCUUCUGGGUGCGCUGGAUAUACCUACGACCUGUAUGGGUCAGCACCGUAUACCCGAGGACCAUGGUUCCAGUUUAGCGAACAGAUUAUCGAUGACUGGUCUCUGAACGGCGGCACCCACCCAGCGUUCCCAUUCUUGACUGGUGUUGGUGGUGCAAAUCGUGUCGCAGUCUUUGGCUACCUUGGUCUGCGACUCAACCCAGACACUCUCGACGUGGACCCUUUCCUCCCUCCCCAGAUCCCACAGCUAUCAUACAGAACGAUCUACUGGCAAGGCUGGCCGAUCAAGGCAUACUCAAACCAAACACAUACUUCCCUAACUCGUACUGGCGAUCCACUCACUCAAGCCAACAGCACCUUUGCCACAGCGGCGAUACCGGUAAUUCAGGGCAUCACCGGAACGAAUCACUUCCAGCUACGACCUAACAGCACUAUCACGCUCGAGAACCGCCAGAUCGGCGACAUCAAGACCAUACCCGGUAACCUCGCCCAAUGUCGACCAGUAUCUUCCGAAGCAGACUACGAACCCGGCCAGUUCCCCCUCAGCGCAGUCGACGGCUCAGUCAGCACAAAAUGGCAGCCGACCCUUUCCAACACGACCGCGACCCUGACCGUCGAACUCCCACAACCCUUCGUCCCCAUCACUUCUCUUCGCUUCGAUUGGGCUCAAGCACCACCGUCAUCCUUCCGCGUAACCUUCCACAACCUCUCCGAUACCUCCGCCGUCCCGCCGCUGGAAGUCACGAGUCAGCAGAAUGUGGAGAUCAGUGAUCCGUACAAUGCGGAGACUGCGUUCUUGAUCAGGCCGUAUAUGUCGAACACGACUAACGUUACGCUAGACACGCCGGCGUGGAGCGCGAGGUUCGCCACGUUAGAGAUCAAAGGGAAUAGAGGGACGGAGGGGACGAGUGAUGAGGCGAAUGGAACUGGGGCUACGGUGGCGGAGUGGGCGGUCGUUGCGGCGGGGACGGGGGAGGAUUUGGCGAGACGGAGCAGGAGGGCUUGGUUGGGGUGGGCUUGA